UCUUAUUCUUCUGCACAUCCUCACAACGACAACACCAGAACCUGCACAGGCCUCUGACCCAAACCAACAGGCCCGAUGUCUUGCUUUCUGGACGUAACAGUGCUUGGAGACGCUGCUCGCUACCUCCGGCCCAGCAGCCUGGAGCAGCUGGCUGCCAAGGCCCAGGCUCUCGACGGGACGAAGCGUGUUUGGAUGCCGGAUGAUGUUGAUGCGUACAUCGAAGUGGAGAUCAGAGAACUGAACGGGGACAAGACGACUGUAGAGACCAAAGAUGGACGGUUUCUGAUGGCAAAAGAAGAAGACCUGCAGCCAGUGAACCCUCCUACGUUUGACAUGAUCGAGGACAUGGCCAUGUUGACUCACCUAAAUGAACCUUCGGUCCUCUUCAACCUGAGAAGGAGAUACAGCAUGUGGAUGAUCUAUACCUACUCAGGUCUGUUCUGUGUGACGGUCAACCCGUACAAGUGGCUGCCCGUCUAUGGCACUGAGGUGGUUACGGCCUACAAAGGGAGGCGUCGUGCUGACAUGCCGCCCCACAUCUAUGCUGUCGCAGACAAUGCCUACACCGACAUGCUGCAGAAUCGUGAGAACCAGACGAUACUCAUCACUGGGGAAUCGGGUGCAGGAAAAACGGUCAACACCAAAAGGGUGAUCCAGUACUUUGCCAUCGUUGCUGCUUUGGGAAAAAAUGUGAAGAAAGGAGGCUCUUUAGAAGAUCAGAUCAUUGAGGCAAAUCCAGCGAUGGAGGCAUUCGGCAAUGCCAAAACCAUCCGCAAUGACAACUCCUCCCGCUUUGGAAAAUUCAUCAGAAUUCAUUUUGGGCCAAAUGGAAAGCUGGCAUCUGCUGACAUCAACAUCUACCUUCUAGAGAAGUCCAGAGUCGUGUUUCAGCAGCCGGGAGAGAGAAGCUACCAUAUCUUCUACCAGAUUCUGUCCAGUCACAGGCCGGAGCUGCAAGAAAAGCUGCUGCUGACCACCAACCCCCACGACUACCAGUUCUGCUCCCAGGGUGUGACCUCCGUGGAGGGCGUCAACGACGGUGAACAGUUGAAUCUCACCGACCACGCCAUGGACGUGCUGGGCUUCACCGCAGAGGAGAAGCACGGCUGCUACAAAAUCGUUGGCGCCCUCAUGCACUUCGGCAACACGAAGUUCAAGAAGAAGCAGAGAGAAGAGCAGGCCGAGGCUGACGGCACUCAGAAUGUGGACAAGGCAGCGCACCUGAUGGGGAUCAGCUCCGUAGACCUGCUGAAAGGUCUGCUGAACCCCAGAGUCAGAGUUGGAAACGAGUUCAUCGUUAAAGGGCAGACAGUGGAACAGGUGAACUACGCAGUGGCAGCUUUGGCCAAAACUACCUAUGACCGCAUGUUCGAGUGGAUGGUGAGCCGUAUAAACCUGUCCUUGUACAAAUCCCGGCCUCGUCAGCACUUCAUUGGAGUCCUGGACAUCGCUGGCUUCGAGAUUUUUGAGUUCAACAGCUUUGAGCAGCUGUGCAUCAACUUCACCAACGAGAAGCUGCAGCAGUAUUUCAACCAGCACAUGUUCGUCCUGGAGCAGGAUGAGUACAAGGCUGACGGGAUAGAGUGGACCUUCAUAGACUUUGGUCUGGACUUACAGGCUUGCAUAGACCUCAUAGAGAAGCCGAUGGGUAUUCUGUCCAUUAUGGAGGAGGAGUGUAUGUUCCCCAAGGCCACAGACAACAGCUUGAAAACCAAACUGUUGGACCACCAUCUGGGGAAGUCCCCUAACUUCCAGCAGCCACGACCUGACAAAAAGCGCAAAUAUGAGACGCACUUUGAGUUGGUUCACUAUGCUGGAGUGGUGCCGUACAACAUUGCAGGCUGGCUGGACAAGAACAGAGAUCCUCUGAAUGAGACGGUAGUGGCGCUCUUCCAGAAGUCCUCCAACAAACUCAUGGCUGGACUCUUUGAGAAUUACGUCAGUUUAGAGAUGGGUAGUGACCCGAAGGUGGAAUCCAAACAGAGGAAAAGGAAAGCAGCUUCUUUCCAGACAGUUUCACAGUUGCACAAGGAAAAUAUCAAUAAGCUGGUGGCGAACCUCCGCAGCACACAGCCUCACUUUGUCCGCUGCAUAAUCCCCAACGAGGGCAAGCACCCAGGUGUGAUAGAUCCCUUUCUGGUUCUCCACCAGCUGAGAUGCAACGGCGUCCUCGAGGGGAUCCAGAUUUGCAGGAAGGGCUUUCCGAACCGGAUCUUGUACGGCGAGUUCAAACAGCGAUAUCGCAUUCUGAAUACCUUUGCGAUCCCAGAGGACUCGUUUGUGGACAGCAGGAAGGCUGCAGAGAAGCUGCUGGGCUCUCUUGACAUAGACCACACCCAGUACCGGUUUGGACACACAAAGGUGUUCUUCAAGGUGGGUCUGUUGGGCCAGCUGGAGGACAUGAGGGACAGCCGUCUGUCUCAGAUCCUCACCGCUGUUCAGGCAAUGUCUAGAGGGAAGCUGAUGAGGAUGGAACGACAGGAGCUGAUGUUGAAAAGGGAUGCCCUGAGGGUGAUCCAGUCCAACCUUCGGGCGUUCUUCUCAGUAAGAACUUGGCAGUGGAUGAGGUUGCUCUACAAGCUCCGCCCGAUGCUCCAGAGCACCCGGGUGGAUAAGGAAGUCACCGCUCUGACAGAAGACUUCAACAAGCUGAAGGAAGACUUUGACAGGUCGGAAAAGAAGCAACAGGAGGCCGAGGAGCAACAGGUGGUGCUGGUUCAGGAGAAAAAUGACCUCAGUCUCCAGCUUCAAGCUGAGCAAGACAACCUGACAGAUGUAGAGGACCGUUGCAACCAGCUGAUCCGGUCUAAGAUCUCUCUGGACUCAAAACUGAAGGAGAUGCAAGAGCGUCUGGAGGACGAGGAGGAAGUGAACGCCAGGCUGAUGUCCAAGAAGGGUCAGCUGGAGGGCGAGGUGUCAUCGCUGAAGCAAGAUGUGGACGACUUGGAGAUGACACUGGCUAAAGUGGAGAAAGAGAGACACGGGGCUGAGAGCAAAGUGAAGAACCUGUCACAUGAGAUGUAUGUUCUGGAUCAAUCUAUCGCGUCUCUGAACAGAGAGAAGGCUGCCCUUCAGGGAGCUCACCAGCAGGCACUGACUGAUCUCCAGGCCCAGGAGGACAAGGUCAACACGGUGGUAAAGGCCAACGCUAGACUGGAGGAGCUAGUGGAAAAUGUCGAAUCGUCCUUGGAGCAGGAGAAGAAGACACGAAAUGACCUGGAACGAUUCAAGCGGAAGCUCGAGGGUGAUCUGAAGCUGUCCAUGGACUCGGUUAGGGACCUGGAGAGCCAGAAGGUAGAGCUGGAGGAGAGACUCAGAAAAAAAGACACCGAGUUGGGUCAGUUUCGAGGCAAAAUGGAGGCUGAGCAGAGUUUGGUUGCUGAGCUUCAGAAGAAGACGAAGGCGCUUCAGACUCGUGUGGAGGAGCUGGAGGAGGCGCUGGAGGUAGCGCGGGCCUGGCGCCUCAAAGCUGAACGUCAGAGGAACGACAUCGCCAGAGAGCUAGAGGAGCUGGGAGAGAAGCUGGAGGAGACAGGUGGAGCGUCGGCAGCUCAGAUAGCCCUCAGCAGGAAACGAGAGGCAGAUUUUCUAAAGCUGCGGCGGGAACUUGAGGAGGCCGGGCUUCACCAUGAGGCAACAACCGCCACUCUGAGGAAGACGCACGCAGACACAGUGGUGGAGCUCGGUGAACAGAUGGACUCUCUGCAGAGAACCAAACUGAAACUGGAGAAGGAGAAGGCCGAGCUUCGGAUUGAGGCCGACAACCUUGCGUCGAACGUCGGGCAACUCACCUGGGCAAAAGGGGUGGCAGAGAAGACGUGCAGGGUGUAUGAAGACCAGCUGAGGGAGAGCAGCAUCAGAGCUGAAGACCUGCAGAGACGACUGGCAGAGGUGUCUGAUCAGGAAACCAGAGCCCUCGCAGAGACGGUUGAAUACAGACGUCGCCUGGAGGAGCGGGAUGUUUUGAUUGGUCAUCUGCAGCGCACCAAAACAGGACUCGAUCAGAACACAGAAGACCUGAAAAAGCAGCUGGAGGAGGACAGCAAGGCCCGCGUGGUGUUGGCUCACGCGCUGCAGGCUUCCCGUCACGACUGCAGUCUGCUGAAAGAUCAGCUGGAGGAGAAGCAGGAGGCCAAUGCUGAACUCCAGGGAAUGCUGUCAAACGCCAACAGUCAGGUGGUUGAGUGGAGGGCCAAGUACGAGACCGACGCCGUGCUGAAAAUGGAGGAGCUGGAAAAUACAAAGAAAAAGUUAGUGGUGAAACUGCAGACUGCUGAAGAAGCUGUCGAGGUGUCUAAGACCAGAUGCUCCUCGUUGGAGAGAAGCAAACAGCGUCUGCAGAUGGAGAUAGAAGAGCUGGCGCUUGCCCUGGAGCGCUCCAACGCUGCCUCUCUGGCUUUGGACAAGAAGCAGCGCAGCUUUGAUAAGCUGCUGAGUGACUGGAAGCUGAAGUUUGAAGAAAGUCAGACAGAUCUGGAGGUGUCGCAGAAGGAGUCUCGCCACCUGAGCACGGAGCUUUUCAAGCUUAAGAACAGCCACGAAGAAGCUCUGGAUCACCUGGAGACGGUUCAAUGGGAAAACAGGAACUUGCAAGAUGAGAUCCUGGAUUUGACAGACCAGAUUAGCCAGGGAGGCAAAACCAUCCAUGAGUUGGAGAGGGUGAAAAAGUUGCUCAACGUUGAGAAGAGUGACAUCAGAGCUGCUCUGGAGGAAGCAGAGGGCACGCUGGAGUACGAGGAGACCAAGACCUUGAGAUGUAAGACAGCAUUGCAGGAUAUCAGGACUGAGGUUGACCGAAAGAUUGCAGAGAAAGAUGAAGAGAUCAACAUCCUCAGGAGGAGCCACCAGCAUUCCCUGGAAACCAUGCGGGCCGGUCUGGAAGCGGAGGCUCGUAGUCGCAGCGAGGCGGUUCGUCUGAAACAGAAGAUGGAGUCGGACCUGAAGGAGAUGGAAGUUCAGUUGGAACACACCAACAGAAAGGCGGCUGAAAGCCAGAAGAUCAUCAGGCACCUGCAGACUCAGGUCAAAGAGCAGCAGGUGGAGCUGGAGGAGAAAGUCCAGCUGACCAACCAGCUCCGCGAACAGACGGUCCUGUUGGAGCGGCGCUGCUCGCUGUUGGCAGCGGAGGAGGACGACCUGCGUGGGAUCCUGGAGCAAACCUACCAUGCCCGGAGGAUGGCCGAACACGAGCUGGAGGAGGCGGCAGAGAGGGUCAACCUGCUCACCGUCCAGAACGGAUGUUUGGUGAGCCAGAACAAGAAGCUGGAGGCAGAUCUGUCUGUGCUGGCGGGUGAGGUGGACGACGCCAUUCAAGAGAGCCGCGGCGCCGAGGAGAAAGCCAAGAAGGCCGUCACUGAUGCGGCUCUGAUGGCGGAGGAGCUGAAGAAGGAGCAGGACAGCAGCAGCAUCUUGGAGAGGCUGAAGAGGAACACGGAGUCUACGGUGAAAGAGCUUCAGAUCAAACUGGACGAGACGGAGCAAAUGGCCCUGAAGGGAGGAAGGAAACAACUUCAUAAACUGGAGACGAGGGUGAAGGAGCUGCAGGCAGAGCUGACGCUGGAGCAAAGGAGGAGCGAGGAGUACCAGAAAGGAGUCCAGCUCUACGAGAGGAGAGUCAAAGAGCUGACAUACCAGUCUGAGGAGGACAGGAAGACUUUGCUGAGGAUGCAGGAGCUGAUCAAUAAGCUUCAGGCCAAAGUUAAGAGCUACAAGAGGCAAGCGGAGAGCGCGGAGGAGCAGGUGGACUGCAGUGCCGUGCACUUCCGGAAGAUCCAACACAAGCUGGACGAGGCUGAGGAACGAGCUGACGUCGCUGAAACAAGCGUUAAGCUGCGGAUUCGAACCCGUGAACAGACCAGCAGGUUAUCCUUGAUGACUGACUGAAGCUGCAUCGUCCUUCACCAUCCCCUUGUUUGACCUCUGCGUGCUGUUGUCGUAGAAGCUUCCAGUUAUGUUAAUAAUGGGAAUCCUCUGUGUGGUCAUGUCUGUUUGUAGCGCUGAACACGGAUAGUACCGGCUGUAGCGGGACUGGCUUCAUCUG